AUGCCACAUUUCAUAGCCUGUAAGAAAACUGCUGAUGCAUCUAAUAAAGCCAAACUGUUUUUUAGGGAGGUUGUUCACUUGUAUGGAGUACCUACAUCUAUAACCUCUGAUCGUGUAGCACUGCCUUAUCCUCAAACUGACGGCCAGACUAAGGUUGCAAAUCGAACAUUGGGAAAUACGGUGCGAAACAUUUGCAGAGAGAAGCCGAAACAAUGUGAUUAUGCAUUACCACAGGUGGAGUUUGCAUAUAACAGUGCAAUUCAUAGUGCUGCCGGGAAGUCACCGUUUUCCAUUGUUUAUAUUGUUGUACCUAAUCAUGUCGUAGAUUUGGUGAAGUUGCCUAAAGGCCAGAAAACCAGUGUUGCAGCGGGGAAUUUGGCUGAAGAAGUGGUGUUUGUUCGUGAUGAAGUGAAGAAAAAACUCGAGCAAACUAAUGCUAAGUAUAAAGCUGCUACAAAUAAGCAUAGACAAGUUAAAGUAUUUCAAGAAGGCAACUCUGUGAUGGUGUUUCUAAGGAAGGAGAGGUUCCCCGUUGGUACAUAUAGCAAGCUGAAGCCUAAGAAAUAUGGUCCUUACAAGGUGUAA